AAGGGGAAGAACACUACCUUACAAAUUACCCUCAGCCGUGGGGAAGUUUUGGGACUACAUAUUCUUGCUGUUAUGCUUGUGGAAAAAAGAUUAAAAAAAUAACCGAAUUUGGAGAUGAAAAACAAUUAGAUUGUCAACAUAAUAUAAAAUCAGCAAAAUUAGAAGGUGAUAAACUAAUAAUCGAGUAUAAUAAUCAGCAAAAAGAAACCAAAGAAAUAGACGACCAAGAAUUAGAGCAGAUUAAAUCUUAUUCCCAAAAAAUAGGCAAAAGUGAACUUUCUUUAUCAGAUUUAGAGCAAUCAUAG